ACCACCACAGUACCUAGCGUCCGGGUACCGGAGCCACGUAGAAUGGUCGCCUUCCCCACUUUUCCAAACAUACAAGGAAUUAGACCCCGAAAUCUGGCUUGAGCGUUGCAGCCCAGCCUUAAUUUUGUACUGCAGCCACAGCCACAUCCAGUCACUCGCCCCCCAACUCCUCAGAACGUGUUGGAGCAUCCUUCCAUAUUGGGGAUAGUAAAUGCCGGACAGCUUGUCAACCGAUAAUGUGGCGGGUGAGGCGGCAAGUGAAGCCGCGUGGGCUUGAUCAAACAGUGGCUGGUUCUUUUCUGUAUAAUAGUUGGGAAUAUCCCACCUCUCCUUCGAAUCAAUAAAUCGGUCGUUUCAACAGAACGUAAGAGUUCGCACUUAGCGUGCAAUAUUAUGAAUACAACCCGCAAUCAACAAAAGUCUCACCAGCAUGAAAAGGUAGCCCUGUCUCUCGGAAGCGGUUCCAUUAUUACCAUACUGUACUACUGUAUGAUACAGCAACGGAACAUCACUUUAGAAACGCGAAAUCCCGUGCACUUUGUCCAGCCCGGAGCUAGCCCCGCUAGCCAAGUGCAAGACCUUCCCGGAGUUGGCCCGUGGCAACCAAGUGCCCAAUUGGGUGAAUACUCUAUGCGAUGCAGUGACGAGAACCAGUUGAGACAGAACCUGUCGCGUGCGAUAAUUUCUUUCACUCGACAAAUAGAAUUGUCGCUUACGGGGCUGAAAGCGGUGGUAUGCUUCUAUCCGUAUCGUCUACUAUAAUA